AUGACUGAGACUUCGCCAUCUUCAACUAAAGUGGAUGACUUUUUAUCCAGUUUAUCACAAAUUUCUCAAGAUAGAAUAAGAGAAGAUCAACAACGUCAAAGUUCAUUACGAAGGAAUAUUAAUGAUUUAAAAUCAAAUUCAAAUGUUUCAACUCCUUUAAAACCAACCAAACCAGCAAAGUAUUCAUUUACUCCUGCUACUUAUAAAAUGGAUUCCUCGUCAACUCCUUCCAAAGAACCAUUCAAAUCAAGCAGAUAUAAUUUCGAUGAUGAUGAAGAGGAAGAACCUCCAAAACUUCCUACUAGACCUUCAGAAGAUGAUGAAAAUCCACCACCAUUACCUACUAGAAAAGUAGCUUCCAAGGAUAAUUCAUUUAACAUUAAUAUAGUUCAACCUAAGGCUAGAAAAGAUCCUAUCAAACCAAUUAAACCAACUCCAAGAGUAUUCAAUUCAUCACCAUCUCCAAGUCCAAUGUCAAAUGAUGGUUAUCGAUCAUUUUCACAAAUUGAACAUUCAAUUAAACAUUCUUCCAAGACUGAUGAGAAUAAUCAACAAGAGAUUAAGAAAGCUCCCCCUCCUAAACCAAAUAAACCUAAAACUCCUACCAAGCCAAUAAUCAAUGAAUCGGAAAAGAAAGAUUGGAUGUCAUCUUUAAGUAAUUCAAAAGCUAUAUCUCCAACCAUCAAGCAUAAUAUCCCCAAGCCAAGUUAUCAAAGUGCCUUAUGGGCAACUCAAGCUGCCAAGACCAAUAGUAGACUUAAAGAUGAUGAGAAACUUAAGAAACCAACCGUGAUUGCUAAACCUUCUUAUUUAGAUAAUAAGAGAAAAUCAAUCGAUGAAGAUAUUCAACCACCUCCAAAACCAACCAGACCCAAUCCAAAUGGUUUCAGUACCAUAAGUAAAGGUCCACCACCAAAACCUUCAAAACCACCUGCAUCAGUGUAUGAAGAGAAGGAUAGUGAAUUAUUAAAAUCAACAAUUUUAAAAUUAUCUUCUUCGUCCUCAUCAUCUAACACUUCCAAACUUGCACCACUUAAACCUGCAAAGCCAUCAAUUGAACAAUAUACUAAGGCAGAGAAGAGUCUUUUAAAUGAUGUCAAGUCUAAUUUAUCAUCUUCAACUAAAGUAGCCCCUUUGAAACCAGUUAAGCCUUCACUUUCAAAGUAUGCUGAACAAGACACUCAAGAAUUACAAAGUCAAUUACAAAGGUUGAAAUCGACUAAACCACAAAUCAACAACCAGAAGGUCAAUCAUAUUCAAAAGGCUUCAUUAACACCACCAGUUUAUAAACAUGAAGGUAGGCUGACAUCUUCAUUGACUCCAUCUAAGCCAGCAUCAUUUGAGGAUAAAUUAUCAUCAAUAUUAAGAGCAAGUACUUUACCAGAAGUCAGAAGUAGUCCAAAUCCAAUGUCAACCCCUCUUCCAACAAGAGCACAUACUGAAACUACUAUCAAGUCUAAAAGACAAGAUACUACAAAUAGUAAAGGCAUGUCUCAUCUUAGUAAAUCAAGAGCAAAAGGUCCGAAGAGGAAAUUACCUAAGAAUAUGCAAUCUACAACCACCACCACUAAAAACGAACCAGAGCCAGAAGUUGAACCAACGACUGAUUUUCCAAAACUUGUUAUUAAUAAAAAGGCUCCACCUCCCAUCAAUAAACUAUCAAAACCAAAACCCAUUGGUGAUUUGAAACCAUCACGAAACAUUAGUGGUGAAAUAUUUAUAUAA